CUGGUCUGUUCGGUGGGGCAGUGAUCGUCUCCCACACUGUUAACUGUUGCACGGCUACGUUCUCAUCAGCAAUCAGCUAAGAUGAAGGUUGUUCUUGCACUCACCCUUGUCACCGUACUAGGUGUGGCCAGUGGCACCCAGUUCUCCCUCUGCCAAGCGUCAUCCGAGCGAAGGCAUGAACUGGUGAACUGUUUGAAAACUUACCUCAAUGACCAGACUUCCCAGAAGCUGAGCGAGGUGAAGCAGCGCCUUAACUGCGAAGACCUGGACUGCGUCUUCACGAAGAUUUGCGAGCUGGACAGUGACGCCCACCAACAACACGCGAACACAUUCCUUCCGGAUGAUGUGAAGACGGAUGUUCGUGCAGCUUUUACGCAAUGCCGGCCAAGCAACUAAAGAUGCAGGUCUUCAGCGUCUCGCAAUCACGUCAUUGAAGACAAUGUACCCAUCUACUCGAAGUAAUCAUUAAAUGUAUAUUUCAACUGAACUUCGAAAAA